ACCCUCACCUUAGGUUCUUGAAAACAGACAUUGGCUUGUUUUCCGGGCGCUGCCACAUUGGCCUCUUAAUUCGUUAAACAGUGUCAGUUGCCAGGGCACUGAGGAUGGCAGGUGGCGUGACGAAGUCCAGAUGAGCCUGACGCUUUGUUAGCAGUCGGUACCUAAGUCUGUUUCUGUGUCAUGGGAAGGAGUGAGUUUUCAGGAAGAGCUAACAUGGCCGAGUUUCCGGAUGACCAGGCUGCUAGGCUGUGUGACAACUGCAAAAAGGAAAUCCCUGCGUUUAAUUUUACCAUCCAUGAAAUCCACUGCCAGAGGAACAUUGGCGUGUGCCCUGUCUGCAAGGAGCCAUUCCCCAAGUCUGACAUGGACACGCACAUGGCUGCAGAGCACUGUCAGGUGACCUGCAAAUGCAACAAGAAGUUAGAGAAGAGGCAGUUAAAGGAGCAUGCGGAGACUGAGUGUCCUCUGCGGCUUGCUGUCUGCCAGCACUGUGAUCUAGAGCUUUCUGUUCUCAAGUUGAAGGAGCAUGAGGAUUAUUGCGGAGCCCGGACAGAGCUGUGUGGCAGCUGUGGGCGCAACGUGCUUGUGAAGGAGCUGAAGACUCACCCUGAAGUCUGUGGGAGAGUGGAGGAGGAAAAGAGAAGCGAGGCUGCCAUCCCUCCGGACACUUACGAUGAUGAGUCUUGGAGUCAGGAUAGAAUCUGGAUUGCUUCCCAGCUGCUCAGACAGAUUGAGGCUCUGGACCCGCCCAUGAGGCUCCCUGGAAGGCCUCUGAGAGCCUUUGAGACAGACCCCUUCUACAGUAGGACUGCCAGCCAGAGGAGCAUGACAACCCAUUUUCCAAUUCAAAAUAAUCUUUUUGAAGAGCAAGAAAGGCAGGAAAGAAAUAGAAGCCGGCAGUCCCCAAAAGACAGUGCUGAGAAUAACGCGCACUUGGACUUCAUGUUGGCCCUGAGUCUGCAGAAUGAGGGACAAGCCUCCAGCAUGGUAGAGCAGGGCUUCUGGGAGUCCGUGCCUGAGGCCGAGCCAGCUCGUGCUGGGCCCACAUCUCCAGGUGACACAAAGGGUGCUGCUGCUGAGACUCUGCUGCCCUGUGAGUUCUGUGAGGAGCUGUACCCGGAGGAACUGCUCAUUGACCAUCAGACAAGCUGCAACCCCUCCCAUGCCUUGCGCUCACUCAGUCCUGGCAGCCCUUCCAUCGGCGGGGUGGAAGACCCUGACACCAUCCUCCAGAACUUUCUACAACAAGCAACAAGUAACCAGUUAGACACUUUAAUGGGCCUGAGCAGUUCAGCUGCUGUGGAAGACAGCGUUAUCAUCCCCUGUGAGUUCUGUGGGGUGCAGCUGGAAGAGGAGGUGCUGUUCCACCAUCAGGACAAGUGUGACCAACGCCCAGCCACAGCAAACCACCGUGCAAUGGAGGGCAUCCCACCACAGGAUUCUCAGCCUGAAGACACUUCACCAGAGCUGUCCAGGAGGCGGGUCAAACAGCAGGGCCCCAGGUCUGACGGCCAGCGUAGCCCUCCCAGUGUGCUGAGGCUCAACAACUCCGACAGCCAGGACGUCCGUGGGCGCAUGCGGGGCAGCCAGAAUGGGCCCAUAGCAUCUGGGCAUGCUCCAGUGAUCCACCCUAUUCGAAAUCUCUAUCCAGAAAACCUUUCGCCCUCUUUUCCUCAUGGAUCCCCUGGGAGAUACGGAGCCAGUGGGAGGAGUGAAGGCGGUCGGAGCUCUCGGGUCACUCCUGCAGCUGCUAGCUACCACAGCAGAGCAGCAAAGGCAAAGCCCCCAAAGCAGCAGGGAGCAGGGGAUGCGGAGGAGGAAGAGGAGUAAUGGUGACUAUUGGGGGAGGGCUCUUGCAGCCCACCCUAUGCAUAGCAGUACAUGCUGGCGCAGUGUCCAAUUGCCUCUCAGGCUCAGUGGGCAGGAGAGAUGCCAGAUCGUAAUUUUUCCUAGGUUAUGGCCAUUUUGUGUCUUUGAGAUUGUGCUGUGGUGUUCGGGUUUGAGGGAGGGCUAGCUGGGAGGCCCAAGCUGCCACUGUUGAGCAGCGGUGAAAUGAGGGCGUCUGUGGCCCUCGUGGCCCAUAAGGGCGCCAUCCUUAAGAGAUGUUGUCACCACUGCUCUUUGUGCUCUGGGGUCCUGGUGGACAGAGGAGGGUUCUGGGACUCUGCUUCCCGUGAAGCAGCUCUCCUGGGGACCCUAGGCUUGGGUGCAGCACGGUAGGAACGAGCUGAGCAGUAGGUACACGGACUAGAGGCCACCUUGGUGCUUGUGGGUCACUCAUUCUCCGCUCCGGUCCUGAUGGGGAAUGUUCUGCUUUGUCCGUGCCGCCCCCACCAGGGCCCCUCCUGCCCUCACGAGGACUGAGGCUCCAGCCCCUGCCCCUUCUAUUUUACUGUUUUAAUGAUCUAUUUCCUUGUAAUAGAAAUAAAGUUUGUAUUUAGACCUCA